AUGAACAGACAAAUCUGCAAGAAAUCCUUCAGUGGCGGGAGCCAGGGCUUCUCCGGCCGCUCCGCUGUGGUCUCCGGCAGCACCAGGAUGAGCUGUGUGGCCCGCUCUGGGGGAGCCAGCGGAGGGGCCUGUGGGUUCCGGAGCGGAGCAGGUGGUUUUGGCAGUCGCAGCCUCUACAACCUGGGAGGCAACAAGAGCAUUUCCAUCAGUGUGGCAGGUGGUAGCUCCCGGGCUGGUGGCUUUGGUGGAGGGCGUAGCAGCUGUGGCUUUGGGGGCAGUUAUGGAAGUGGCUUUGGGGGAGGUUAUGGAGGUGGCUUUGGUGGUGGCUUUGGUGGUGGCAGAGGAGUAGGUGGUAGCUUUGGAGGGGUUGGUGGCUUUGGAGGAGCUGGUGGCUUUGGAGGAGCUGGUGGCUUUGGUGGUUCUGGAGGUUUUGGUGGUCCUGGUGGGUUUGGUGGUCCUGGUGGCUUCCCUGGGGGAAUCCAGGAAGUGACUGUCAACCAGAGCCUCCUGCAGCCCCUCAAUGUGGAAAUCGACCCCCAGAUUGGGCAAGUAAAGGCCCAGGAGCGGGAGCAGAUCAAGACCCUCAACAACAAGUUCGCCUCCUUCAUUGACAAGGUGCGGUUCCUAGAGCAGCAGAACAAGGUCCUGGAGACCAAGUGGGAGCUGCUCCAGCAGCAGACCACAGGCUCCGGCUCGGGCCCCAGCAGCCUGGAGCCUUUCUUUGAAUCCUACAUCAGCUUCCUGAGCAAGCAGCUGGAUUCGCUUCUCGGGGAGAGGGGGAACCUGGAGGGAGAGCUGAAGAACAUGCAGGACCUGGUGGAAGACUUCAAAAAGAAGUAUGAAGAUGAGAUUAACAAACGCACCACAGCAGAGAAUGAAUUUGUGGGGCUCAAGAAGGAUGUGGACGCGGCUUACAUGAACAAGGUGGAGCUGCAGGCCAAGGUGGACAGCCUGAUGGAUGAAGUCAACUUCCUGAGGACCCUCUAUGACAUGGAGCUGUCCCAGAUGCAGAGCCACGUCAGUGACACGUCCGUCAUCCUGUCCAUGGACAACAACCGCUGCCUGGACCUGGACAGCAUCAUUGCCGAGGUCUGUGCCCAGUAUGAGGACAUCGCCCAGAGGAGCAAGGCCGAGGCCGAGGCCCUGUACCAGACCAAGCUCGGGGAGCUGCAGACCACAGCCGGCAGACACGGGGAUGACCUGAGGAACACUAAGAGUGAGAUCGCUGAGCUCAAUAGGAUGAUCCAGAGGCUGCGGGCUGAGAUCGAGAGCGUCAAGAAGCAGAAUGCCAACCUGCAGACGGCCAUUGCGGAAGCUGAGCAGCGUGGGGAGAUGGCUCUCAAGGAUGCCAACGCCAAGCUCCAAGACUUGCAGGCUGCCCUACAAAAGGCCAAGGAUGACCUGGCCCGGCUGCUGCGUGACUACCAGGAGCUGAUGAAUGUGAAGCUGGCCCUGGACGUGGAGAUCGCCACCUACCGCAAGCUGCUGGAGGGCGAGGAGUGCAGGAUGUCUGGAGAGUGUCAGAGUGCUGUGAGCAUUUCGGUGGUCAGCAACGUCACCAGCACAAGCAGCAGCGCUGGCGGUAGCCGCGGAGGCUUUGGAGGGGUCAGUGGCAGCAGCAGUGGUGGCUACAGAGGCGGUAGCAGCAGCAGCAGAGGCAGCAGUGGCGGCUAUGGAGGAGUCAGCGGCGGCAGCAGCAGCUACGGAGGGGUCAGCGGUGGCAGCAGCAGCGGCUACGGAGGGGUCAGCGGUGGCAGCAGUGGGGGCAGGGGCAGCAGCGGGGGUUACCAGAGCGGCAGCAGUGGUUACCAGAGCGGCAGCAGUGGGAGCAGGCUUGGCGGUGCCGGCAGCAGCUCCGUGAGCCAGAGUGGAAUGGGCUCCAGCUCCGGCAGCAUCCAGACCUCUGGAGGCUACAAGUCUGGCAGUGGGGGCAGCACCAGUGUCCGCUUCUCCCAGACCACCAGCUCCAGCCAAUACAGUUCCAAGUGAUCCUCUGGGCCACAUUUCCGUCCCCGCCUGCUUCCCUCUCAGCCUGCAAUAGUACUUCCCCCUCUCUGCCUGGCAUGGAUAGAUACACAUGGCGCAACCACACUUUCCCUCAAGUUCCCCGGAGAAAGGGCUGACCUCCUGGCUCCUCCACCCCCAAGACCUCUCCUGCGCCAUGGAGAUCCAGCUGCUAGUCUGGGAUGAUGAUGCUCCUGGAAGAGCCCCUGUGAUGGCCCCUUACUUUGGACAGCAACACCUGAGCCGAAGCCAGUCUGGGCCUUCCCAGCCUGGCUGUUCCCACUCUGGUCUGUCUCUUUCUCACUGAGAGUGGAUGGUCUGAAGCCAGCACAUCUCAGCCCCUCCUGAGGAGGCUGGAUGGUCAAGAUCUCCAGACUGUUGGUUCCCAGGGAGCCCUCUCCACAUCUGGGCAUCGUAUCCCAACUCACUUCCGUCCCCUAGUUCCUUGUGCCGUGGAGCCUCUGGUGAUUAGUAUGUCAUACUUUCUUUUCUCAAUAAAUUGCACUGUUAUUUCA